AUGGCGGUAGUUACGGUGAUAAACUCGGAAGAGGACGCGGUAGAAGAAUCGGUGAUAGAUACAGUGGCAGGUGUUUUGACGGACUCAGUCGCAGACAGAGUAGUGGACUCGGUGGAAGAAACCUCAGUUCUGACAGUGCUGGACUCGGUCGAGGAUUCGGAAGCCUCUGUUUACGUCUCUGAGGCCGAGGUUUCAGUCGUCAAGGAAGAAAUAGUCGCACUCAAUGUCGCGGUCGAGCUCGAAACUGUCAAACUCUCGGUUGAGCUGGACUGGGGCCUGCACGGACUGGCAUUUGACCCCGACAGCAUCAAAACUGCCAUACAGGCAGUGACGAAUGCUUGGGAAACCAUAGGGAGCGUAAAAGAAUUUUUUCUGGUGUCGGGUACAUCAGACCUUAACAUUUUCCGUACCUGCAUAGCACUAACCAAGCCAACAAAACGUGGCUCACCCAGAAAUGACCUCAGGGGAACGAUUCAACCGGCCGAUUCAGCCACCGCUGUCACUAAAGAUGACUUCCCAGACAAAAACCAAAAUCACAGCGCAUGA